UUCAUAUAUAUAGACGAAGGGAGGUCGAUAGCGAGCAGAGCCCACUGACAUAGUACAAUAUCCAGCAAGAGCCAUGACUUGAGAACGACGCACGGACUGACGCUCUGACCACACCGAGCCAGGUCUGAAUAGCAAGCGUCUCAACGAUGCCUUCAUCGGUGGCAGCAAGCCCAGCGGGCACGGAACCGCUGCAGGGGCAACGCAGACACAAUACCCAAGACAGCAGUAUCAACUCGGAAGGGCCUUUGGAACACCAAAUGCAAGAACAGGCGCAAGAACGGACCACAGGCGACAGCGAUCAUCUGGCUGUCGCCUUGCGAGAAGCGGCUCAUGCAGUGGAGCCAGCCGCCCCAGCAACCCCGGGUGCAUCAUCUACAAUGUUCCCUCUUGACGCGAACAAGGGAGACUAUGCGAGAAAAAUCAACCCUGACGCAUGUCAUGCCUCUUCAUCAACCACGGCAGGUGUUCCCGCCGUGCCAUUGGACAUCGAGCACCAACCUCUUCCAGACGGCAACGACCCGCGUCUUUGGUCGCCGGCCAGGAAGUUUCUCAUGGUCGUCAUGCUCAGCGCCGGCUCGUGGAUACCAGCGUCAGCUGCCAACAUCAUCUUUCCAGCACUCGCAUCCGUCGAAGCCGAUCUUCGAACGAACCCGUCUGUCUUGGCACUCAGUGUGUCCAUCUUCAUCCUCGUCCAAGGUGGUGGAAGUAUGACAUUUGUACCGAUCAGCGAGCUGUACGGCAGGAAAUGGAUCUACCUAUCCUGUCUCCUUGCUUUCACGCUGGCGCAAGUCGGGGCCGGGCGCGCAAAUAGCAUUGGGCAGUUUAUUGCUAUGCGCGUCAUUGGUGGCUACGCAAGCAGCCCUCUGUUGACCAUGGCAGCAGGCACCAUUGCAGACAUGUACGAGGUCGAAUCACGCGGCCGAGUUCUCGGUCUUUACUAUUGCGCACCUCUUUUAGGCCCGAGCAUGGGAGCACUGGGCGGUGCAUUGACGUCUGCCGGGAGCUGGCGAAUCACAUUCUAUUUCCUUGCAGCCUGCGGUAGUGCGAUUUUGCUAUGCUACAUCCUCUUCUUCCGAGAGACCUUCCGAAAGGAGCGAAGUCUUGUUUGGCAGAAAGCACACAAGCGUGCCAUUGUGGAAGCUAUGGCUCUGGAUGCAAAGGGAGCAUCGCAAAACGGUGAGGUUCAACGACAAAUACCCAGCAGACGGACAUACACUAUCCGGCAGCUAUGGCCGAUCGAAGGGUGCAGAGACGUUGGCAAAAAGAAUGGGACAUUACAUCCGAUCUCAAGCGGUACAAGGAGCGACGAAAAGCCGUUUGAUUCACCGAUCUACUUAAUCAGUAGUGCACAUCCACGAUCACACCCAGCGACGCGCAAACUUGGCACACAACUGGGCGCCGUCUGGUCCGGCGGGCCGAAGGUGCACGUCGAUGCGGGAGUGGGGCUGAGGCCACUUGAAGAGCACCAACAACUGCAAAAUGAAUCGUCUUUGCCAGCGCAUCAUGACGAGUAUGAUCACGGCUAUGGACACCAUGAGUACCACGGCCAUACGGCGGGUAUCAGCAGCUGCAGCUGCAACGACCUGCAUGCAGCAUUCACAACGGAAGGGCUGCUGAAUGUGCACCAAAAUGAGCUGUCCAAAGUAGUCGAGAACAGCCAGACAAAAAUGCCACCACUCGCGCAUGUCCGCAGCGCGCCAGGCGCUGUGACCUUUUCCGCUCUUACGAAGGCGACGUCGGGUGAGAUUACCGGGCGACUGAAGCGUAGCACGACCAAGAAUUCUGCCAUAUCCAUCUCUGGCAGCGCGGUUAACAGUUUAGAUCGCAUCAUCACAACCGAUGGAAAGGAGAUCAAAGUCAGGGUUCACGCCAGCGAUGUCAAUCCGCUCCUGCCGAUGUUUGGAAUCAUCCAGCAGCCACACAAUUUCCUGACCCUGACUUUCUCAGGGCUAACCUUUGGCUCUCAAUACAGUCUGUCUUUCGCUGCAUCGCGGACGUUCGGAGCGGCGCCUUAUCAUUUCGAGCCGAUCAAGGUCGGCCUUGUCCUAUUCAGCCUGGGUGCCGGCGGGAUGAUCGGCAGCAUCUGCGGGGGGCGCCUGAGCGACCGCAACUUGAUGCGCAAGCGAUGUGCGACGGGACAUCCGGCACCGGCGGAAGAGCGCCUGAUGGCGGUGCGGCUCCUGUGCAUCUUGACACCUCUGAUGUUUGUUGCGUACGCCUGGCUCGUCGACAAAAAAGUGAACGUCGCCGGCCCCGUCAUCGUCCUCUUCUUCCUGGGUUUUGUGCAGUUCGGCGCUUACUCUUCCGUGCUGAGCUACCUCGUCGAUGCGAACAAGGGCCGUGCUGCUGCCGCGGUCAGCACCAACUCGGUGUACCGCGGCGCGUUCGCAUGCGUAGCGAGUCAGAUCGCAGGACCGCUGCAGGAUCGGAUGGGUGACGGCUGGUUCAAUACUGGUUGGGCGGUUGUGCUGGCACUUGCACAGGCUAUGCUCUUCCUGGUCGCAUAUAGAGGUAACGCUUGGAGGACAAAGGCUGCCGCCCGAAAGGCUGAAGCCGAGCAAAAGGCUUGAUUUGGGAUUUUAGACGAAGCAAGUGAACGAACUUUGCUGCAGUGCAGCAAUGAUUUAGGAUAUACAAUACCAAGCUGGGUCAUAGUGCAUUAUAGAUAAUUGCAACAUCACUAGAAC